AUGUAAAUAAUUGUAAUUAUUGGAUUAUUUCUACAUUAAGUAUUACAAUAAGACCAAUCUAAAAGGAAACAUCUUAUAGUAUAAUUUAAUUCUAAAAUAGAUUGCUCAUUCCUAUGGAAUUCUAUAUAUCUUAUAAUUAUUAUUAUUAUCUUUGAAAUGGAAUAACUUCUUUGUAUACUCCUAUUAUCAAACCUUUAUCAUUACAUGGACAGCUUUGGGAGUGAAUACCUUUUUAAUUGUCUUAUUACUUAUUACUUUAGUGGAAAAUUGUUUUAUCAAAGACAUACCUUAAAUUGAUGGUAAAAUAUUAUUAAAUCAAGGAUCAAUCAUAAUAUGGCUUAUAUAUUAUAUUAUUGGAUUAACAAUAAUACCAUUCUUUCUUUUAAAAGAGAUCUGUUAAUUUUAUGAAAAAGAUACUAUAUAAAUAAAUAUUAAAAUAGCUGGUAUUGCUAUUGUAAUUUCAAUAAUUCUUUAUAUGAUCUUAUUUCUUUUCUUUACUAAUAAAGUGAGAAAAUAACUAAUGUAUCUAUAUAAUUUAAUUAUUAAAAUAGAAUUGUUUUAUAAUUGGAACAUAGAUAAACUUAAACAGAAAUUAGAACUCCAAAAUCUCCUUAAUUAGAAUCAUCAAAAAAUAAAUGGUCUAAACUAUAAAUUCCAAUUUUAUUUAUUAGAGUUUCUGCUUCAUUUUAUAAAUUAAUAACAAGAAAAACAAUUAAUGAAAUAAAUAAUAGAAAUAUUAGUUCAAUUCCAAUUUGUAGUGAUGUCUUAAGACCUGAUUCUCUUAAUUUUAGAUAAUCUCCAUGUUUAACUAUGAUGAAAUAAAUGAAAUCAAUCCCAAAAGAUUAAGAUUCUUGUGAUAUUUGUUUAAUUUGUUUUGAAAAUGAACCAGAUAUUGUAUUACAUCCAUGUAAUCAUGGUGGUAUUUGUACUAUUUGCUCUGAAAAUAUAAUGAAAACUACUAAAUAAUGUUUUUUAUGCAGAACAGAUAUAAAGUACACUUUCAAAUUAAAUCAAAAAGUAGGAGAUAUCUUAGAAGUUACAGAUGUAUAAAAAGUUUGA